CCGAGAGUCCUCUGCGUGCCGCUGCCGCGGCCCCACCACAGCGUCUCUGACAGCCGGGGAGCUGGGACCCACGACCCUCGCCACCUCACGCAGCCUUCGCGGCCUCCACCGCGGCUCAAGUCCCGUCCCUCGCCUCGGCGCCCACAUCCGGGGGGCGGUCCGGCCCGCCGUAGCUGCGGAGGCCGCAUCUGGCGCGCAUCUGGAACCGCCCGGCCGGCCGCGCUGGAGCCCGCGCCCGCCCUGGCCCGGCAGCGCCGGGAGCCCUGCCCGGAGCUGGAGCCGCACCUGGAGCCGCGGGCCCGGGGCCCUGAGCCGCGCAGCCGGCGCAUGGUGAACUCGCUCUUGUUUGGGGAGAUGGCCUUGGCCUUCGGCUGCCCCCCCGGCGGCGGCGGGAGCUGCCCCGGCGGGGGCGGCGGCGGCGGGGCCGGGCCGGGGCCGUCGCCGGUGACGGCGGCGCUGCGGGACGACCUGGGCUCCAACAUCCACCUCUUGAAGGGGCUCAACGUGCGCUUCCGCUGCUUUCUGGCCAAGGUGCACGAGCUGGAGCGGCGCAACCGGCUGCUGGAGAAGCAGCUGGAGCAGCAGCAGAGCGAGCGCGAGCGGCGGCUGCGUUACAAGACCUUCUCUCGAGAGCAGGCCGUGCAGACCGGGCCCGAGCUGCUGCGGCCGCCAGCGCCCGGCGCGGGGCACGGCAGCGGCGCGGCGGCGGGCGCCAACGCCAACACCGUUGCCCUGGGCGGCCUGCCCCCCGGCGGCGGCUCGCACCCGCAGCACUACGGCCGCCUGCCUGGGACCAUCUGGAGCUACACGCAGGUGCGGCGCACGGGCGGCGGCGGCGUGGAGACGGUGCAGGGCCCCGGCGUGUCGUGGGUGCACCCCGACGGCGUGGGCGUGCAGAUCGACACCAUCACGCCUGAGAUACGCGCGCUCUACAACGUGCUGGCCAAGGUGAAGCGCGAGCGCGACGAGUACAAGCGGAGGUGGGAGGAGGAGCUCGCCAAACGCAUGAACUUGCAGACCAUGGUGGACACGCUGCAGGAGGCGGCACAGGAGGCUGAAGCCAUCCAGGAGGAGAUGAACGAGAAGAUUGAGCGGCUCAAGGCCGAGCUAGUGGUGUUUAAGGGGCUCAUGAGUGACCCCAUGACAGACCUGGACACAAAGAUCCAAGAAAAGGCCAUGAAGGUGGACAUGGACAUCUGUCGCCGGAUCGAUAUCACGGCCAAGCUGUGCGAUGUUGCACAGCAGCGGAACUCGGAAGACGUGUCCAAGAUCUUCCAGGUGGUCCCCAAAAAGAAAGAGCGUAAGGUGGCUUCGGACGACGAUAUCUCCGAGCAGGACGGGGAGGUGAACCGGUUCUCGGAUGACGAGGUCGGCUCCAUGAAUAUCACAGAUGAGAUGAAACGCAUGUUUAACCAGCUGCGGGAGACCUUUGACUUUGACGAUGACUGUGACAGCCUGACGUGGGAGGAGAAUGAAGACACACUGCUGCUCUGGGAAGACUUCACCAACUGCAACCCAAGCAUCGACCUGCAAGGCGAGCAAGAGGAAAAUUUGGGCAACUUGAUCCACGAGACAGAAUCCUUCUUCAAGACGAGAGACAAGGAGUACCAGGAAACGAUUGGCCAGAUCGAGCUGGAGCUGGCCACGGCCAAGAGCGACAUGAACCGGCACUUGCACGAGUACAUGGAGAUGUGCAGCAUGAAGCGCGGGCUGGACGUGCAGAUGGAGACCUGCCGCCGGCUCAUCAAGGGCUCUGCAGACAGGAAUUCACCAUCUCCCAGCUCCGUGGCCAGCAGUGACUCAGGAAGUACAGACGAGAUCCAGGAUGAGUUUGAGCGGGAGGCGGAUGUGGAACCCAUGGUCAGCUGAUGACGGAGGCCCCCUGUGCCUGCUGGUCUUGGUGAUGGCGCCUCUGCCCCUCUCCCCAUGGGGCCAGGAAGGCUUCUUGGAGUGGGGCUCCAGUCCUCACCACACAGACUUCCUCUGCCCUCCCUUCUCUGGAGGCCCCGAGGGACCGCUGCUUCCUUCCUUCUACCCCACCACCAACCAGUGCCCCACCUCCAUCCACCCACCCAAGGAAUGGUGCUGUCAAUUUCUAUUGUUCUCCACGUUACAAAUGCAGACUUCUGUCCGGACGAUGCAGUGUUAACUGUGCCUUUUCCCUUAAGCUGAGCCACUUUGAGCUCCAAAGAAUUCUUCCUAGCAGGUGUUUUUAUACAAAACUCUAAGGUGGGGACGGGGGCGGGGCGGGGGGGGGCUGGCCUGGUAUAAUGUGGAUUUCUCCCCUCCCACCUGCUUCUCUGAUUGGCCCUGAGCUCUGCCCUCCCUUCCUCUGCCCCCCCUCCCGCCCCAGUGCUGACCUGAGUUGGCCUAGGGGAGGUCCACUUCCCCAUCCCUAGGAAGGAGCUGUUUGCCUCUGCAACCUUUCCAGGCCUGGGGGGGGGGUGUCUCCCCAGUGUUUUUACUUACUGACAAGAGAGAAAAGAUGGGAGGAGGGAGGGCAGACAAAAUUUUAUUUUCUUUCUGGAUCGAAUGGCGCAGCGGAGGGACAAGGCACUGUGCGGGAAAGUGGAGUCUCACUGUGUUUAAACUACUAUGCAAAAACAAAACAAAACAAAACAAAAAAAAAGCAGCUUGCCUUAUAUCAUUGUGGAAGGUAGGCCAUGGCCCAGACUCCUGGUUUUCCCCUGGAGCUGGCAGGGAGGCGGAGGCUAGGGCAAUCUCUCUCGCAGCCUCUGAGGGUGAGCACUGACUUGGGAGUAGGGGUUCUGUCAAGGUCGGUUGUGAGGCCGGUGGGGAGGAAGGCUGCAAGGCCAUCGGCCCACCUGACUGCUUGCUUUCUUGGGACCUUUGUGGGGUGGGAGGGGUCUUUUAUUGCCCUGAUGACUUGAUGUUUUUCUCUCCCUUCCCAGCCAAUGAUAAGGGGCUACAGAUCUGUAAUUUCUCUGUGAGAAAGCCUGGAGGGGGCGAGGCCUGGUAUCCAGCCCUCCGCAGUGGGGCUGGGUUGGCACCGCCUGCCGCCAUUUUGCUUGGUUCUCUACCGUCCCCUAGUCGCAGGCUGUUCGGCUACUGGCAGGCACCGGAAAGGGAGGGGGAGAGAGGCAACAAGGGCUGCUGGCAGAUCGGAGGAGGCAGGAGUGAAGCUGGAGUGUGAGAACCAUCCUUUGUUCUGCUCAUGGACAUAUGCAAGCCUGUUUCCAUACUUCACUUGAUCGACUGACCAGUGGGGAGUUAACCUGAGCCAGUAUCUCCCCAAUGCUUGGGUCAGAAGGCCCCGUGUGGAGGCCACCCGCCAAAUCUCACUGUGGAGCCAGCUGAGCAGAUUUUGCUUUAAAAAAAAAAAAAAAUUCUUUUUGUAUACACUCCUGGGGACGUGAUUGCUGAUUUUUGUGUUUCUGGUUUCUUUUAAAUUAAAACAAAUUUUUUUUUUUUUGGCCCAGGAGCUCCCCCUGGAGGUCCAAGAAGCAAAAUGCGCCCGAGGCCCAGAACUCCCCACCUACCUCUCUCCUGUGGAGGCGGAGGAGGGCCUCUGGCUGUAAAUCGGGUGGCAGCCCCCUGUCUUUCUUCCUCAGGGUACCAGCGACUGUAAGGGCCUUCUCUCUCUUCCGUUUCCCCACCUGUUUUGCGGUCUUAAAACCAUUGUACAUAAUAUUCAUAUUAUAUAUAUAUAUAUGAGAGAGAGAGCAUGUGUGUUAGUGACCGUAUGUAAUUUUUAUUUAUCAGAACUUGGUGGCCUUUAUUAUGAGUUUUUCUCUCUUUUCUUUUCUUUUUCUUUUUCUUUUGUGGUUGUUGAGGGAGCCUGCUGGUCCCCUGUGGCAGUCUGGCCCAGAAGCUUCCGUUCCCAGCCAGAUAGCCCCUGGGUAGGUACGUGGAGGGACAGUGGUUUCAGAGGAGAGACAGCCCCUGUCCCUCCUCCUCACUGACCCUUGUUCUAAAGGUUACAGGGUUCAAACAUACCUGAUUAUUAUUGUAAUUAGUGUUGUUGUUUUAGUUUUAGUUUUAUUUUAACCAAAGUCAGGCGUGGACCUCAGCUGCUGGAAAGAUUUUCCGUUUCUGGGAGGACACCGCCCCCUCCACCGCAUCCCCGGGCCUCCUCUGUCUGGGGCUGAGAGGGGUCAUGGAAUGACCUGGUUUGGGAAGCAGAGCGGAGGCCAGGCUUGGGUUGCUCCUCAAGGUGGUGGGGAGGGUGACAGAGCUAUCUGUUGUGUUAAGACAUAAGGCAGGAGUGUAAGUAUUCGGGGGUGCCUAAGGGGACCAUGGCUGUCGGUGUCCAGUGGUGUUAUUUAUGCUCAUGUAUAUAGGACGUUUGCCUCUGGGACUAGGGUGCCAGGGAGUAUGGAAAUGGCGACAGCCAGACAUGGAUGCUGGCCGUGCAGCUUUUUCCUGCUGGUUUUCCAGAGCUGCUCUGCCCUGGGGAGCUAGGAUCUGGGGCAGGUGGAUGCGGGGUGUUGGGGGUGGCAAGGGUGUGGCUGACCAGCCCGGCUGCCUCUCUCCCCACCAAGUUCUUUUUUGAGUUUGUUGCCAGUGGGCCCUAGCUUGUGCCCCUGCCAUGAGCCCACAGCUUGCCAAGAAAGACCCCAACGCUCGCUGGAGCAGCCCCCGGUCCGGUUGGGACGAACUGCUCCGUCCUUUGUAAAGCUGUAAAUACACAAAUUUCUAUUUCUAAGCCCAGUGUCAUAUUGACAUUGGUAUCUUAAGGUUGUCCUCAGAUGGGCUCUCCUGUGCUGCCCUCUGUCACUCUCCUAUUUUUGGGGGUUUUAUAAAAAGAGAGGAUUGGGGAGGGGCAGGGAGAGUAGCUUCUUUUUGGCUCCCUGGUUGUGGAAGACACACGCGCACGCACGCACGCACAUACACACACACACACUCCUCUGAGACUCCAAACGGGGGAAAAAAACCACAAAACAUUGGCAAGUAAACACAUUUUGUUUUCUUGUAGCAAUAUAUCUUGAGGUCUCUGAAGGGCCAGUCCAUCGUGGACUUAGUUCUGACCUUCAGAGAAGCAAACCACUUGGGCUUGGAAGGGGGGAGAGGGUGUGGGGGAGGGGGCAAUAUAAGGUGUAACUUAAGCUAAAUGUAAUCUAUUUAUAAAGUAAGAGAUUCUCAUCUAUUUUUAUGAAAGGAAAGGGUUUUUAAAUCUAGGGUAGGCAGUUCUGGUAGCCCGGUGUUCUCCCCUGAACAAGACGCAUGUCACUGCUGGUCUGAAUUUGAUCAGUGCCCCUCCCGUCUCCCCGGCCUCCCCACCCUCCACCCCUGCACCUGUGAGCAGCUUUAGCAGAGCCUAUGUAUGUCCCACCUCACCCCAUUUCCCUGUUCCUUGACACACCCUCCAGGUCCUCAGUCCUUGAAAGUCUUGGGGUGGGGGGGCACCUGUGGGAGUGGGUGGGCAGCGGGGAAUUCAGAAUGGAGGUGGGUGGGGAGGAGGGGAGAGGGCGCACCGGGUAGGGGACAAGCUCUGCCUCAGAGGGUGGCCUCUGUUCGGUGACAUGGGUCUGGUGUGCCAAGGUCCAUUGCCAGGUCAGCUGUAUUUGGGAGAGGUUGAGAAGCAGCGGACCGUGGGUGACUAUGGGACUGUUGGUUCAGGUGGCGCUCGGUUUCCUUGGGUCCUGGACCCUAGUGGGUCCCGGGUGGUCAGGGAACUGGAGCAAGAAUGGAAGGGCUGGGAGAUGCCCACCACCCAGCCCCAGCUGUGCCCACUCCAAGCCGAUGCCUGGGCUGCAGUCCUUGAUGUGUUCCUCCAGGGUCUGGGGCAGGAACCGGGGUGCUGGGACUUCCUCAGACCUGGGUUCCACCAUCUUGAGACCCCGAGCAUCCUCUUGAUAUGGGGAGUCUGGAGGCAGCUGAGUGGGUAUGGGUAAAGGCUGAUUCUCUCAGAAAGGGAAUUUUCCUUGACUGGAGGAUUUCCAGGUUCGGGACUGGGCCUGGGCUGUGUGUUAGUCUUGGGCAAAUCCCUCACCAUUGCCGCUGCCGGGCCCUCAAGAGAAAUGAGGCAAGGCAUCAUCCCCACCCCCAGCAAGACCCCUUCGUGGACGUUUUAGCAUCUACCUGAUUUUUAGCUCCAUCCAGGGAAACUUUAUAUCCUGCAGUCCCAUCCCACCCCACUGUUGCUGUUUGUCUGCCAGUUGGGUCUAGUGUCAAGGGGAAAGGGGGGGUUUAUACUCAUUGAAAGACUACUGAUCCUACCGGAAACCAACCUGUUUACUGUACUGUUGUAAAUAUCAUGCCCUUUAUAUCCUGUAUAUUGGCUUCUUUUAAAUAAAGUGAAAUGUCUUAGAA